CUUGUGCGAUUCGAUUCGACCCGAACGUUUUAUUUUCGCCCCGAUUACCGACCUUCGCUGAAGAGGACAUGUAAUACAUGCCGAAAGCUCCGACCGAAAACGAUUCUCUUGUGGAGUGUCUGUGGCUGCUGCGUCACGCUGCCCGCGCUGCAAGGACAGACGGCAGCACACCGCACCCAUUUCUCGCGUACACCGGACGUGCUAUCAGCCCCCCCCCCCCUCCCAAAGCGGCACGCUCUUACAUUCGGUGCGCUCGUGACGGUGGGAACAAUCUUCACCUACCCAUGUGUCGCCCAUGAUAUCUGAGACUCGCGGUAUAUAUGUGGCCACAGCCAGUGAAUGUCGCUUCUGCCAGUUCUUCUCAGGAGACCCGGAAUCAUGAAGGUGCUGCUGGUGAUCGCUUUGGCUCAGCUGGCCGUCGGCUUUGAGCUGACCGACCCCGACUGGGUUGCCUUCAAGAGCGCUCAUGGCAAGGCGUACUCGCACCCCGCCGAGGAGGCCGCCCGUCUGGCCAUCUUCAAGGACAACCAGCGCCUGAUCGCCGAGCACAACGCCGGCAACCACUCCUUCAAGCUGGGCGUCAACAAGUUCGCCGACCUCACCAACGCCGAGUACCGCCAGCUGCUCGGCCACAGGGCGGCCGAGAGGCGCGGCCUGAAGGCGUCCGUCAAGCACAUGAAGAGGGGCGUCACGGAGGCCACCAAGGAUUGGCGUGAGGCCGGCGCCGUCACCGCCGUCAAGGACCAGGGCCAGUGCGGCUCGUGCUGGGCGUUCUCGACCACUGGCGCUGUGGAGGGCAUGUGGGCCCUGGCUGGCAACCCGCUGAUUGCCCUCAGCGAGCAGCAGCUCAUGGACUGCUCCUACAGCUACGGAAACCUGGCCUGCAACGGUGGCUUCGAGUCUGAGGCCUUCCAGUACAUCCAGGACGAGGGCGGCAUCAUGUCUGAGGACGACUACCCCUACACCAUGUCGUCGCACCUGCACUGCAACUACGACCCGGCCAAGGCGGCCGCCAAGAUCUCCUCCUGGGUGCAGAUCUCCGAGGGCGACGAGUCCGAGCUGGAGGACGCCGUCUCCAACAUCGGCCCCAUCGCCAUCGCCAUCGACGCCUCGCACUUCUCGUUCCAGCUGUACUCGAGCGGCGUCUACGACGAGCCUCGCUGCAUGAACGGCUACAACGAGCUGGACCACGGCGUGCUGGCCGCCGGCUACGGCACCGAGAACGGCCAGGACUACUGGCUCGUCAAGAACUCGUGGGGUCCCAACUGGGGUCUGGACGGCUACAUCAAGAUGAGCAGGAACGCCGGUAACCAGUGCGGCGUAGCCACCGACGCCAACUACCCUCUGCCCUGAACACCUCGACAUUAUCGCAUGGGUGGUAAUGCUAAGCAUUAUCUGAGUGUGCAAAGUCUGUAAAAAAAAAUUCCGAAUAAAAUCGUUCCUGAAUA